UCUGCAGGCGGCAGUUGAGGUCCAGCAUCUGGCGCUUCUCUUGGGCCACGUGGCGGGAGUGUGCGGGGAUGUGCAGAUCCAUCGAAGGAGGGAUGGAAGCGGAAGAAGCGCUGGAAGCUCGGAAAGGACUUGACAACCAUGGCGCAGGAGCCGGACGUCAACUACGCCUCGGUGGUCUUCAAAAGAGACAAGUCGGGACCAUCCAGAGGAAGAAAAGAAAGGAAAAAAAAUCAUCCAUCCACGUCACCGCUUUCAACGUUAGUUGGGUUCAGCGGGCCUUCGACCGCUUCUGCACCAAGAACGAAGACGAAUUGCGCCGGCUGUGCAAUCCCUGCGAAGAAGGUUGGUUGCGGUUUGAGUCCCACUGCUACCUCAUCAACGAUGCGGAAAGCGUCAACCGGAAAACUUGGGAGGACGCACGUCGAGAUUGCAGCGAAAACAAUUCCCAACUCCUGGUUGUGGAAAAUGCCGGAGAAAUGUUGGGACAGCUGGGCCACCCUCAGCUACUGGGUCGGCCUGUAAGCAGAAGGCGGACGAUGGAAGUGGCUCAAUGGCAGCGAACUGAGCCCGGACCGGGACUGGCUAAAGAACCCAGGCUCCCACACUACUUCAGACGCUUGGUCCUGGCUACGGUGGGGUCAAGUCCCCGGAGAGAGUUGCGCCAUCUCCGUGAAAAACGAAAAGCUGAUGGCGGUCGGCUGCUCCGAAAGGCAGCGGUGGAUCUGCAAGAAGCCGGCGUUAUUGCUGUAAAUGGGGGCCCCGAGCCCCCCACCCAUCCUCCGGAACGCCGAACAUUUUUAGGCACAAACGCAAAACUCGCCUGUUUGACAUGACUUCAUAAACAAUAAUAAACGCUGGCAUUAUUUCCUAUUCUAACCAAUACAUUUGUCUGUAUCGUUCACUUCCUAAAAAGAAGACAAACUGUUCCGGUUGAACUUACCUAAAAAGAAAAGAUGGAAGUAGUUGGUUUUAUUAUUAAGUGUCAAUAAAUUUUAGAAAUUCAGGAGUUUGUUUCAUAGGUGUGCGUGUUUUUUUUUCUCUCAAUUUUAUUUCAUUUCCAACGUCAGCUUCCGUGCCUUUCUGUGGCUCUUCCAGUCUCACAAUGUCUUUUUUUUUUCUCUUUGUGAAAUCAGAAUACACUUUCAGAGCAACUUUUUCCUCAAUCCAGGUCAUUUCAAGGGUUUAAAUAUUUUUUUUCUUUCACGUGUACACAAAAUUUUAUAGAGUAUCAGAAACAUAGGCCUCCUCUUACAUUAUCAAAGCACUGAUUUAUAUAAAAGACUAGAUAGCGCAUACACAUCGAGCGGUAUGUCGAUUGGUUGAAGCCAGUUGGCCGCCAUCUUGGUACUCCCAAAACGAGUGGAGGACGUCUUACAGGAUGGAAUGUGGUGGGGUUUUUCUGAAAGUUUGGCAUGUAGAAUUAAAACUGGUCGUGUGAGCUUGACACUUUUUCAGUUAUGGUAACAUGAAGGAUUUUUAAUUCGACGUGGUAAGCCCCCCUCCCCAAAAAAGGCUAAUUGCAAAGGAAAGACAUAUAACACUGUUACUACCAUGAAAACAUUAAAUUGUAAGUCAAUCAGUUAGAUAUAUUUUUGGAAAUAAGGACUCACAGUUGGAAAAUACGUGCUAAACUUGCAUACAUGCUUCAUUUGUUGUCUCUGCAAAUGUCCUAUUUCAAACAGAAAAUUUAAACUUGUUUCCUUGCAUUUGAAAAGCAAAUUCAAUUUGUAGAGUUCUGUAUUAUGAAAUUCAUCCAAAAAAAAUUCACAGAAAAUGUGUUUUCUUGCUUAUCCACUAAUGAAGUUUGGGAAAAUAUUUACAUCGCUUUUUCGCGAAAAACCGUCGGCCUAUAAAGGUGAAGUGGAGAGUGAACAGUGAACAGCAACAACCGCAAACAAAACGUUGUCAAAGUGAAUUAAGCCCAUCAAAAAAAAAAAAAAAAACUUUACAAUCAAACUUCAGAAGCGUUGAAGUAAAUCUUUCUCAGUAAAACGCCACCAAACUGGCGAUUGACGCAGAGGUCGGCAUGUUUGUUUUAGGAGUAUCAAGACGGCGGAUAUCUGCUUUCGGCAACUUCAGUUUUUGUGGCCAAUGAGCUAGCCAGUCUUUUUUUUUUUUUUUUUUUUUUGAUCGGUGUCGCAAAUCAACAGGCAUAUACAAUGCACGUCCGCCCUCUAGUGGCUGUCAGGACAUAGGAGCU